AUGCGUCAUGUCUCUGCUUCUCAAUAUCUCAUUCAUCAGUAUGCUCUCAAACCCAGCCGCCUCGCAAUCUCUUCCGUCCAUCGCUAUUUCGGCACCCGCCGUAGUGGGUCACUUGAUUCCUUGGACAGCCUUCUUCAAGGCUGCGCCAGGGUUCAGCAAUGCGAGCAAGUUCACGCAAAGUUCAUCGUUUCUGGGAGCAACAGCUCCGCUUUCCUGGCUUCCCGAUUGGUAUCUACCUACGCUCGUUUUGGCCGCCUCUCGGAUGCCCAGAUGGCGUUUGAUUCUCAGAGCCAAUUGGAUUGCUUCUCGAACCAAAUUCUGUGGAAUUCGAUUCUCAGAGCUAGUGUUUCCGGCGAACGGUAUGAAAACGCACUGAAUUUGUAUGCUAGAAUGCGCAAGUUUGGAAAUUUAGGCGAUGGUUACACUUUCCCAUUGGUGAUUCGGGCGUGUAGACAGUUGGGUGGUAAUGGCAGGAAGAGUUCUAGGUUGAGUCAGGUUGUUCAUUGCCAUGCUAUAGAGGCUGGUUUCCAUAGCCAUCUCCAAGUCUCGAACGAGUUGAUCGCAAUGUAUGCGAAACUGGGACGGAUGGUGGAUGCACGUAAAGUGUUCGAGGGAAUGGGUGUGAGAACCACUUUGUCAUGGAACAUGAUGGUUUCCGGGUAUUCCUUCAAUUGUGAUUGUGUUGCUGCUCUUGAUAUCUUUCGAAGAAUGGAAUCCGAGGGCUUGGAGCCUAAUCUGGUGACAUGGACUUCUCUCCUAUCAAGCCAUGCUCGUUCGGGGCUAAGUUUAGAAACCUUGAAGCUGUUCACUUUGAUGCGGAAGAAGGGAAUUGGGGUGAAUGCCGAAGCACUUGCGGUCAUCUUGUCAGUCUGUCCUGAUCUCGGUGCAUUUCAUACAGGAAAGGCAAUUCAUUGUCAUGUUAUCAAGGAUGGUUUCGAAGAUUACUCGUUCGUGAAACACUCACUGAUUAGCUUGUACGGCAAGAGUGGCAAUGUAAUUGAAGCGCAGAUCUUGUUCGAGAAGAUUGAAAACAAGAACACAGUAAGCUGGAACGCUUUGAUAACAUCAUAUGCUGAUGCCGGUUUAUGUGAUGAAGCUUUCGAGGUUUUCUCGCAGGAAGGCCGUAGAGUCUUUGAGAGAAUUGAGGGUAAAGAUAUGAUUUCAUGGAACUCCAUCAUCAAAGGACACGGGAUGCAUGGACUUGGCGUCGAAGCUCUACAGAUGUUUGAUCGUAUGAUCACUUCUGGCCAUCGGCCGGAUGGGAUAACCUUUAUUGCGAUUCUCUCAGCUUGUAGUCAUGCUGGACUUGUCAGCCAGGGUCGUUUGCUUUUUGAUAAAAUGGUUUCAAAGUAUCGAAUUGAACCCAGGAUGGAGCACUAUGCUUGCACGGUGGAUCUGUUGGGCCGGUCGGGUUUAUUGGAAGAGGCUAGUGAAGUUGUGAAGAACAUGCCAAUGGAGCCUAAUAGUUGUGUGUUGGGUGCUCUGUUGAACUCUUGUAGAAUGCACAAGAACACGGCUUUUGCAGAGAAUGUAGCGUCUCGAAUGUUUGGUCUCGUAUCUGAGAGUUCUUGGAGCUAUACAUUGAUGUCGAAUAUAUACGCCGGUAGUGGUAAGUGGGAGGAUUCUGCCAGGGAGAGAGUCUCAGCGAGGAGUAAAGGGUUGAAGAAGGCUGUUGGGCAGAGUUGGAUUGAGGUGAAGAAGAAGGUCUGCAAGUUCGUGGCAGGGGAUUGCUUGGAGGAGAAGGAUUCGGACGAGAUCUUUCAGGUGCUCAAGGGACUGACGAUUCAGAUGGAGGAUAUCAGUGACGAUGAUGAUAUCAUGUUUGGCAAAUCGAUGAAGCUGAAAUAUUGA